AUGGCCCUGCUGGUGAUAGGUGUGCAGCAGAGAGCUCGCACCAUGGCAAGUCUGUAUCCGUUCUGGCAGAACGACACAAAAACACCCAAAGUUGAUGAUGGAAGCUCUCCCGAGAUCAAGAUCUCUGUCCCAUUCAUCUUUUUUGGCACCCCAUACAGAAGCAUUUACGUCAACAACAACGGCGUGAUCUCCUUCAACUCUCUGGUCAGCCAGUUCACCCCAGAAGCUUUCCCCCUGACGGACGGCCGGGCCUUCGUCGCGCCCUUCUGGGCUGACGUGCACAAUGGCAUCCGGGGAGAAAUCUACUACAGGGAGAGCACGGACCCCGAGCUGCUGAGGAGAGCUUCCAAAGACAUCCGCAAGCACUUCAAGGACAUGUCCUCUUUCUCUGCCAUCUGGAUCUUCAUUGUCACCUGGGAGGAGGUCACUUUCUAUGGUGGAAGCAGCACAACUCCGGUAAACACGUUCCAAGCCGUCCUGAUCACUGACGGGGUGUCGUCUUUUGCCAUAUUUAACUACCAUGAAAUCAGCUGGACGACGGGGACAGCCAGUGGAGGGGACCCCCUGACCGGCCUUGGAGGGGUGAUGGCUCAGGCUGGCUUCAAUGGUGGAAAUAUCACCAACUUCUUUAGCAUGCCAGGCUCCAGAACCCCAGACAUAGUCAGUAUUGAAGAAACGACCAAUGUCAACAUCCCUGGGCGCUGGGCUUUCAAAAUAGAUGGCAGAGAAAUAGAUCCAGCCCAUGGCUGCAGCCUGAGAGGGCAGUUUCUCCGUCAAGGGGAGAUCUUCUGGGACAAUACCAACUGCACCACCAAGUGCCGCUGCCUGGACUUCAACAAUGAGAUUUUCUGCCAGGAGGUGGCUUGCGGCCCCUUUGAAGCGUGCGAGCCGAAGACCAAGUUCUUCCAGUGCGUGCCGGUGGAGAGCAGCACCUGCGUGGUGUUCGGAGAUCCACAUUACCACACCUUCGACGGCUUCCUCUUUCACUUCCAGGGUUCCUGCUCCUACCUCCUCACCAGGCAGUGCUGGCCAGGCUCCCAGCUGCCCUACUUCAACGUGGAGGCCAAGAAUGAGAACCGAGGCGGCUCCUCCGUCUCCUGGCUGAGGGAUAUUUUUGUGGAGGUCUACUCACACAAGAUCGUCCUCCCCAAGGGCAGCUUUGGGAAAGCAAAGGUGGACGACUUGGUGGUGUCCCUACCCAUCUCUCUGGAACUGGGCGCAAUAAAAGUCUAUCAAAGCGGGUUGUCCACGGCCCUGGAGACUGACUUUGGCCUGCUGGUGACCUACGACGGGCAGCACUACGCCUCGGUCUCCGUUCCGGGCUCGUACAUCAACUCCACGUGCGGCCUGUGCGGGAAUUACAACAAAGACCCCGAGGACGAUAUCCUCCGCUCGGACGGGAGGCUGGCCGUGUCCGUGCCAGACCUGGGGGAGAGCUGCUGCGUCUACGACCUCUGCGGGGCGCGGGAUAAUGGCACCGGCCUCUGCCAGGCCAUCCAGGCCUACGCGGCCGUCUGCCAGGCCCUGGGCAUCUCGGUGGGGGAGUGGCGCGCCCAGACGGGAUGCGCCGUGCGGUGCCCGGAGCUCAGCCACUACUCGGUGUGUGCCAGCAGCUGCCCCGCCACCUGCUCGGACCUGACGGCCCCUCUGGCCUGCGCCUCCCCCUGCUCCGAGGGCUGCGAGUGUGACGAGGGCCAC